AUGUAAAUGUAUAUAAAAACUAAUAAUAAAUAAUUCCAAAAGUAAAACACUAUACACAUGAAAAACAUUUAAAGUCCAAGAAAACUUUAAUAUUUUGUAAUAAAAACCAAAAAAAGAAUAAGAAAAAUGACAUCGUGUCGUUCCUGCUUACAAUGGCUUAUUAUUAUUUUUAAUACAUCAUGUGUGAUAUUUGGUAUUUUAGGUGUAGUCGAGAGCGUAUUUGAGUUGCAAAAAUACGAUUAUGGGUCAACAGAUUUUACGGAGAAAAUAGUACAAAUCGUUAUUGGAACUGUUUUAGUAAUAUCGGCAUUUAUUGGUUGUUGUGGGUCGGUACAUGGCUCCGUAAAAAUAUUAAUACUUUUUAUUACAAUAUUAUUCGCACUGAUAGCUGCUCAUAUUUGGAAAUUGUGGCGUUACGAUGAACUUCGAGUGCGGACAACAACCGAGGUAAUGGUCAGCUAUACAUGGGUAGAAGAGGUAGUCGAGCGUGGAAAAAUGAAUCCAAUGCAGGAAACAUAUGUUUGUUGUGGCAAACACGGAUACAUUGACUACACGAACAAUUACAUGAAAGUUCCAGACAGUUGCUAUUAUUUCGAAAAUAAUAAAAAAUCUUUCUAUCCCCACGACGAGGGUUGCAUAUCGGCUGUGUCAAAAGCAUAUUUGAGUAUCUACCGCAUGGAGAAAUGGGCUCACAUUUCAUUGAUUGGUUUAGAGAUUUUUGGAAUUGUUUUAUCAAUUGUGUUAAUAUGCAAUUUGACGGCCGACACAUUACGUUAUAGUUAUUAGUAAAAUCCAUAAAUCCAUAAAUAUAUUUAU